ACCUUCCCUGCUGGCUGAUUGCUUUUCAGGGAAGUGUCUCUGCUGUAGAAACUUGUGGCAGUGAAAACAGAGACAGCCGCCGGGACUGGUGUAUUAGACAGUUUUGAUGAUGGGUAUUGAGAACCUGCCCUUUGAGUUGCAGAGAAACUUCCAGCUCAUGCGAGAUCUGGAUCAGAGGACGGAAGACCUCAAGUUGGAGAUCGAUAAGUUGGCCACGGAGUAUAUCAGCAAUGCACGGACUUUGUCUUCGGAGGAAAAACUGGGGCUUCUCAAGCAAAUCCAGGAGGCUUAUGGGAAAUGCAAGGAGUUUGGGGACGACAAGGUUCAGCUGGCUAUGCAGACCUACGAGAUGGUUGAUAAGCACAUCCGGCGGCUGGACACAGAUCUCGCUCGCUUUGAAGCAGACCUGAAGGAGAAGCAGAUAGAGUCGAGUGACUAUGACAGUUCUUCCAGCAAGGAGGGCCGAGCCCAAAAAGAGAAGAAAGCUGCCCGUGCUCGCUCUAAAGGGAAGAACUCUGAUGAGGAGGCACCAAAAACGGCCCAAAAGAAAUUGAAACUUGUCCGCACUAGCACAGAGUAUGGAAUGCCUUCAGUCACCUUUGGAAAUGUCCACCCUUCGGAU